UAGUCGCACACACUGAUCCGGGCAUUUGACAAGGUUAGAGUCUCCUUGUAAAUCUGCAAAAUGUCGAGCCCGUCUCUGCGUGACCGAGUGAACGGAUUUCUAACUUUCAUAUGGGACGGAGAAGAGAAGAAAUUCCUUGGAAGAGGAGGAAGAAAUUGGGCUGAAAUUGGUGCUUUUUACCUGGUAUUUUACACCAUACUGUUAGGAUUCUUCGUUGGAAUGCUUGCUGUCUUCUACCAAACAAUAGAUGGCGAUCGACCCAGACUAACAGGAGAGUCAAGCUUGUUAAAGGGAAAUCCAGGAAUGGGGUUCAAACCUAUGCCAGACAUUGAGAGCACCCUACUACGAUACAGCUUCCAGAAUGAGUCAGGUUUUUCCUCUUGUGAAAGAAAUCAUGACAGUUUUAAAACAUAUAUUCAUUUUCUCCUACUUGACCUCAGUUUUCUUUCAAAGCCUCAUGAAAGUGGCUCUUUUUUGAGACUUGGCUACGCACGCUUGCAAGAGGCCCAGCAUGUUACUGGAAUCUCUCCCCUAACUCGCACCUAUGCUAAGGCCACAGCUGAUGGAGUGGCAGUGAACUGUUCUGAAACCAAUGGAGAGAAGACUGAGGAGCAGGCUUGUGCCGUAGACUAUAAGAAACUCACUGAGCAGUGUAAUGAGGAAAAUUAUUUUGGGUUUGGCACAGAGGGGAAGCCUUGUGUCUUGCUGAGGCUGAACAAGAUCUUUGACUGGAUACCAGAACCAUUUACUGAGGAAGAUGUGAAUGCUACAGAUAUGUCUGAUGACUUGAAGCAGAAAGUUCGACAGAAGCCAAAUAAUGUUUGGAUUGAAUGUGUUGGUGAGAACCCAGCAGACAUAGACAACUUGGGCGCAGACAUUGAGUACUUUCCUGAGCAGAGUUUUGCCAGUUACUAUUACCCUUACCUCAACCAGAAAGGAUACCUUUCUCCAUUGAUGUUCGUCAAGUUCAACUCUGUGGAGCGUAAUGUAGCUGUCAUGGUGGAGUGUCGCGCUUGGGCCAAAAACAUAAGGUACGACCGCACCGAAAAAGAGGGUGGAGUGCACUUUGAACUGCUCCUUGACCCUUGACAGAUUUCCUAGCAGUAGAGCAGGGCAGGAACUUGCUUGACUGUGAUGAGUGCAUGAAAGGUCUUUUUUCUGUUAGUUUUGCUCAGUUUUUGUGUGGAUGCAUUUUCAGUGUACAAAAACACAUGCAAAUAUGGAUGUACUAGUUUCCCUAUGCUUCUUUUCUGUACAUUUAAGCAAAAGGUUGUGUAUAUUGAGUGGUUUAAUUUUUUUUUUUUUUCUAAAAGUUGUUGCAUCCACUAGACUAAACUUUUCAGGAAUUUGCUAAAUUUUUUUUUUAUUUUAAUAUUGAAUCUCAAGACGUCUCCACAAAGCUUAUUUGCAAAGAAAACGUCUGAUUUAUCUUUAAAAAAAAAAGCUUUUGGAACCUUCUUCUACACCUUUGUGAAUGUUAGUUAAUUUCACUUUCACAUUUUUCUUGGUGGUCAGAAAUUCCCUACCUGUAGUCAGGUGUAUCAUGUAUGCAGGAGUUCUUAAAAGUGAUGAGCUCUGUGAUCACAAGCCUGCUUGCUAUACUAGAUUUUAGAUAAUAUUCAUUGACCUUCAUUACUUAAUGACCAUGCUUUGGCUACCUCUUUACAAAAAAAGUUUGCAUUUUCAGCAGAUGCUUUAAGUCCUUUCAUCCUACCUUUUAAAUUGUGUACGUGUUAUGAAGACUUUCUUGUAAGACAUUAGAUUUUAUGAGUCGUAUACUUGCGUUGAGGAAAUUAAGCUUUUUAGCUCACCUUUUUUACAUGUGUUGGAUGUCUUGUCAUUUUUGUUUAUGGUUUGCGAGGCAAUUUCAGGUUUUAAAGACUGAAAUGGACAUAACUAGUCCAAUGGACAUUAGUAACCUAUAAAAUCAUAGCUGUAUGAUCCGGAGUAUUUUGAAGGGUUGUUCCCAUUCUCUUACCACUUACGCAGAUUGUCAGUUUGAUAGAGAUGGAUGAUAAGUCACUGAAGUCUGUAUAGACUGUUGUGAAUGAUGCGUUGUCAAUGUAUAUACAUGUAUAGCUAGACAUAUUGUCCAGAAACAUUCCCCAGUGAUGCAUUUCUUAGGCCUUAAAAUUUAUAGUUAAAAUUAUUUGUUUAGAGGUUUACUUCUACAUGCUUUUAGAUUCUCUACUAGUUUUUAGACAGCCUACCUACCGAUGGUGGUUUUUAUCCCAGGAUUUUUUUUUAACUGAUGCAAUAAUAUUUUAUCUAAAGAGAUUUCCCAGUAGAAUUUCAAACUUAAGUCAACUUGCCAAUUUAUUGCUUGAGGUAGCAUGACUUUAAAGUGAUCACUGUGAGUUAUUAAUUGAAAUCUAUGCACACGCAUUGACGAUGUACAGAAUUUCUCAUCAGAUUGGAUGAACAAUGAACAAUUUAUCAGUUACUCCUGUUCCCGAAACACCCCUUUUUCUGAAGCUGAGGAUGUUUUUAAUAUGUGCAUAACCUGGGAUGUGUGAGAUUUUGGGAAAUUACUUGUACUGGUGUUUUCCAUAGAUUAUUGAGGCAUUAAAGCAGAAUAUUGUCUGCUUUGAAUUGUACGAGUGGAUAAAAGAUGAGUGGCUGCAGUUAAAAGCAUUGUCAUUUUUAGCAACUUUUUUUUAGAAGAAUGCACCAUGUGACACCUUCAGAAUUUUGAUUUUUAAGUGUUAAAUGUGAGUAAAUAAAGUAACUUACCCAGAA